AUGCAUAUCAAAACAGCCCCGGCAAAACCAUCAACAAAUGGUCUCGUUGAAAGGUUCAAUGCUACAUUUAAAUCUGCUAUGCGAGCUAUGGAUGGCGAAACUGACGAUUUCGGCUUGAAACUCAGUAAUUUUCUAUUAUCAUACCGCCAAGCUGUGCAUUCCACAACCAACGAAACACCGUCAAAACUAUUUUUCAGUCGAAAAAUUAGGACUAGGCUCGAUUUGCUCAAGCCGGACACAAAGCAAUGUGUUCAAGACAAACAAAUGAAAUUGUCAUUAGCAGGAAAACAAACAUUUAUGGAGCUUGUGUUAGGUCAAAGCGUACUUGCGCGCGACUAUAGGCCGAGCGUGAAAGAGAAAUGGGUUACAGGGACGGUGGUAUCAAGGGAUGGCCCCUUGAUGUAUAAAGUACUUGUUGGAAAUGCCAAAUGGAAACGACACAUUGAUCAGUUACGGCCCAACGAAACAGAACAAAGUCAGGCUCAAACUGAGAUACCAGAGUUAACAGGAUCAAUGCCAUUAACUCGCGGUCAGGGGUAUUUCAAUACACUACCCGAUUCACAACAUUCAGAGCAAUUAGCCCCAGAUGUUAGUAAUAAUAAUGAACCGCCCCAGGUCGAAGAAAGUCGUUAUCCACAACGCGAUAGGCACCCGCCGGAAAGAUUAGCGUAUACUUAG